AUGACCGCGGCAAUCUUCCCGAAAGUAGUCUACUGCGCGCAUCUACACAACUGGUUGAGGCUGCUUAUCGGUCAUGCAUACAUACUCAGAAGUGUGCAAUCUGAGCGCAGGGCGCCCAAAGCUGUGGUGGGCGUAGCCAAGCCCGUUGAAGCACUGGCCCUGGUUGAGUACAACCUGCCUGACGCCGAAUGGCAUCAUGACGCUAUUGAGAGCAGGUUUGAAAUAACCGAUGUGCGAGUUUUCACCGGCACUACGCCCGAGCUCAUUGACAAUGUGCCCGAGGUGUGGGAACUUGUACGCACGCGCUACUCCGCCUUGGUGCGCAUGACCACAUUCUUCGAAGAUGUCACUCUACACGCGGUUCUGGACACGUUUAAGCAUUAG